AUGUCGCCGAAGCAGAUUAAAAGUUCUCAUGCCACAUCCAGCGCAGAACGGCGGGAGCAUCUCUACAAGAUCCUAGUCAUCGGCGAGCUGGGUACUGGCAAGACGUCCAUCAUCAAGCGAUAUGUCCACCAGUUCUUCAGUCAGCACUACAGAGCUACCAUCGGCGUAGACUUUGCACUUAAAGUACUCAAUUGGGACGCAAAUACGAUAAUCCGUUUGCAGUUAUGGGAUAUAGCAGGCCAAGAGCGUUUCGGCAACAUGACGAGGGUGUAUUACAAGGAGGCAGUUGGCGCGUUCAUCGUGUUCGAUGUCUCGAGAGUGGCCACUUUCGACGCGGUCGUCAAGUGGAAGAAUGAUCUGGAUACGAAGGUUCAGUUGCCCGACGGAUCCCCCAUACCGUGCAUUCUACUUGCAAAUAAGUGUGACCAGCAAAAGGAAGGAAUAGUGAAUUCACCGGCGAAAAUGGACGAGUACUGCCGGGAGAAAGGCUUCGCGGGAUGGUUUGAGACGUCCGCCAAAGAAAAUAUUAAUAUCGAAGAAGCUGCUAGAUCUUUAGUAAAUAAGAUACUUCUAAACGACAAACUUCUUCAGAACAACGACAAGGACGGCGAGAGGAUCGCUCUUGAUCACAAGAUAGCGAACGGCGAGAACAGUCGAGAUCCCGGCGGGAACAAAUCGUGCGCAUGCUGA